UGUGUUAAGUCAAGAUAUACUUCAGGUCAUUGGCCAUCCCCUCCCAAAUGGAGUGACUUUUACAGAAGGUUUGACUGGAGCUGCUUUCAAGUUUGAAGGAGAUUCCAAUGCAGGUCGACAUGCUGAAAUCAUCCUACCAACAGACUUCUCUGCCAACUUUCCUGAGUUCUCUAUCCUGAUGCUGCUACGCCCUUAUAGUGGUAGCAGGGGUACAGUCUUUGGGGUGACAGACCCCUAUCAUCAGACCAUCAUCCUCAGUGUAAACAUCACAAGCAUAUCAAUAGAAGACAUGAGGAUAAGCCUCAUUCUUACAAACAUAGACUAUACAAGUGAAUCAACAGAGGUAGCAGCUUUCCUUGUGCCUUCCUUCACCAACCAUUGGACACAACUAGCAUUAAGUGUCAGGGACAACCAGGUGACCUUAUUCCUUGAUUGUCAAGAACUUGGUACACAGACGUUUGAUAAAGAUCCUGGUUGGCAUAUCAGGAUACCACCAAUGGCUCCCCUGUUCAUUGGACAUCUUGGGACAGUAGGAGAAGAUGUGCAAUAUCGGGGUGACAUCCAACAGAUUUCAAUCACCAACAGUGCAGACUCUGCUGAGGAGCAUUGUCCGAUUGAUGCAAUCUCGGGCAGCGGUUCCAUGGCACUCAGACAAAGUGCCGGAGAGGAUUGGGCCUUCGUAUUUUCAGGAAGUGGGGAUGAUGAGACAGACAUGCCAGGGAUGCCAGUGACAUACUCUACACAGUAUGAAUCGGAGACUCCAUCAACUCCUUCAAAUAAUGCAGGGCUACCAGCCAGUGUUCAACCUCCAUUGGAGCAGGUAGCGACCAUCCUACCAAAGGUUUCCCCUACCACACCCACUGUUCCGGCCACGCCCUCAUCACAACCAGCUGUUGUUGUACCUCCUGGAUCAGGAAUGAAAGGACAGAAAGGAGAAGUGGGCUGGCCAGGAAUCAAUGGUAUCCAUGGAAACCCAGGUGUUCCAGGGCCACGUGGUUUUAACGGUGACCCAGGACCACAGGGGCCAGAAGGACCAGUGGGGCCUAAGGGACAGAAAGGUGACUUAGGAGAUGCUGGUCCUACGGGACCUGUUGGUGAGGAGGGGUUACCGGGUGUGGCCGGUCCUCCUGGUGACCCGGGCAUCAAGGGAGAGCAUGGUGUUCAAGGAAUGGCUGGGCAGAAAGGAGAAAAGGGAGAGCCUGGAGUAGGUGUCCCUGGUCCUCCUGGUGCUGUACCAACCCUCAGUCUUGAAGAAAUGAUGCUUCUUAAAGGUGAAAAGGGAGAUGAAGGGUUAAUGGGUCCACCAGGUGAACAGGGUGUUGGAGGACCACAAGGAGUAAAAGGAGAUACUGGUGAACCAGGGCCACAAGGGCAAAAAGGAAAUAAGGGUGAAGUAGGUGUAGGUUUGAUUGGAAUGCAAGGUAAACCUGGUAAAGAAGGACCAAAAGGAGAGCCUGGACCAAGGGGGCCACCGGGACCUUCAUCUCUUGAUAGUUUUAUAGAGGGAUCUGGACUGGAGAUGAUUGCUGGGCCACCUGGCUUGCCCGGUUCUCCUGGCCGUCCUGGUGCUAUGGGACCCCGUGGACCCGAAGGUGCACCGGGUAUAGUGGGAGUUCCUGGUAUGGAUGGUGCUCCAGGAAAACCUGGACCUCCAGGUUUGGAUGGAAGACCUGGACCUAAGGGAGAACCUGGUGGUCUGACUGAGAAGGAGAUCAUGGAUGAGAUAGCUAACUUGACUGCUGAGUUUGAGAUGGAGGGAAUGCCAGGAAUGGAUGGCUUUAAUGGUUCAAGAGGUCCUCCAGGUAUACCGGGUGUUAUGGGUCCUAAAGGAGAUCCUGGUAUGGAUGGAUAUCCAGGAAUGAAAGGUGAAAGGGGACCAUCUGGUCCACCUGGAGUUGAGGGAGCAGAGGGAUUGAAGGGUGAACCUGGUCAGAAUGGUAUACCAGGUGUACCGGGCAUUGCUGGGAUACCAGGAGAACCAGGACAGAAUGGAGCCAGGGGUCCACCAGGACCAGCAGGACCCCCUGGACCUCCAGGAGCAUCUCCACUUCUACCUCCAGGCUUCCCAUGGAGCAAUACAGCUCUGAAUCAAGACCAAGAAGGAAGUGCUGAUGGAAGUGGAGCUUGGAGUGGAACUCUACCGCCUUACAUGGUUGGAGAUCCUGGUCCACAAGGUCCCCCUGGACCAGAGGGAAUGCAGGGAGAACCAGGACUAGUAGGAGAACCAGGAAUUCCAGGAGAGCCAGGAACACCAGGGAUGCCUGGUCCUAUUGGAGAGAUGGGAGCGAGAGGGUUACAAGGACCAAUGGGAUUGCAGGGAGAGAAUGGUACGGAUGGAUCACCAGGACCUAAGGGUGAUACUGGAGUUGCUGGACCUCCUGGUCUGCCAGGAAGAGAUGGUGUACCAGGACCACGCGGUUUAGGUGUCCAGGGUCCACCAGGAGAUCGUGGUCUUCCAGGACCAAGAGGAAUCCAAGGAUUGAAAGGAGAUCCAGGAGAACAAGGACCACCUUGUGAAAUACCACCAGAAAUACUUGCCUUGUCUGAGCGCUAUGGUGGAAUGGGUUCAGGAGACAUGGGUGGAGGCAUGAUGACCAGGGCGCCACAGGAAUUAUCUGGUGUAAAAGGAGAUAAGGGUGAUAUAGGAUUUGAUGGUGUACCUGGUAUGGAUGGUCAGAAAGGAGCUAAAGGUUAUCCUGGUCCUAGAGGACCGGUUGGUGUAGGAGGAGCUAAAGGAGAUAAUGGAACCAAAGGAGACAAAGGUGAGAAAGGAUCAGGUGGUUUCCCAGGACCAAGAGGAGUUAAAGGAGAUAAGGGUGAUAUGUUUGUCCCAACUGAAGAAGAGAUGCUAAUGUUGAAAGGUGAUGGGGGAGAGAAAGGUAAAAGAGGAAAGAAAGGACUUAAAGGCCAGUUUGGUAUCCCAGGAAGACCUGGUCGUCCAGGUGAACCAGGCAUACAGGGAGAAAUAGGACCAGAGGGACCUCAAGGACCAGAAGGUCCACAAGGUCCACCUGGAGACGGUAACUGUGCAUGUGAUCCUACCAACUUCCCUCCUUCAUUCUUUCCUCCUGGAGAGAAAGGAUCUAAAGGAGAUCCUGGUUCUCCUGGUCCUUUGGGACCUGAUGGUGUGCCUGGAGCUCCAGGUUUACCAGGUGUUCAAGGAUUAAGAGGAUUACAAGGUUAUAAAGGAGAUCAAGGUGAUGGUGGACUGGAAGGAAGACCGGGGGCUCCAGGGGUACCAGGAGUUCCUGGGGUAGCUGGAACUAAAGGAGAAAAGGGUGAUCCAGGUGAUUUCUAUGUAAACGAUGAGGUGUUUAUAGGACCACCUGGUGAGCCAGGUCCACCAGGUAGAGAUGGUCUACCAGGAGAGAGUAUCAAGGGUGAGCCUGGUGAACCAGGCAAUGGUUAUGAAGGUCAACCUGGUAGAGAUGGACGUGAUGGUUCACAAGGUCCUCCUGGACCUGAAGGACCUCCAGGACCACCGGGUGAACCAGGUUACUAUGUGGGUAACGGCAAUGGUGUCAGGGGACCAAAGGGUGAGCCAGGACCCCCGGGAGAGCCAGGAAGGAUGGGUGUACCAGGUUCCCCAGGGUUUGAUGGAAGACCAGGAUCUAGGGGUCCACGUGGACCUCAAGGAUCUACUGGUUAUGGAGAACCUGGACCUCCUGGUGAGCCAGGACCACCGGGUCAACCUGGAAGCAGUACUGGUGGUGAUGGGCAUGGUGGUGUGCAGAUGGCCAAGUUCAAUAGUAUCCAGGAUAUGUUGAAUGGCAUGAGAGCAUUGGAGGUUGGGACUCUGGCCUUCAUCAUACGGGUCCAGGAACUCUAUAUCAGGGUUGAAACUGGCAUGCAGCAAGUACUGCUGGGAGCUACCUUUACCUUACCACCAACCUCUGAACCACGCCCGCAACCACGCCCUCAACCACCCAUUACAUCGAGAACUACUACUACUACAUUAACACCUACCACCACUCUUGCCCCUUUUGUGGAACCAACAGAGCCCCCUCAAAUACCAGGACCAGGACUUACAUAUAGACCUGAGAUUGAACUACCUGGACCUGAAAUACCUGUAGCAGAUCAACCUAUGCUUUACAUGUACGCUCUAAAUACACCUCACAUGGGUUAUAUGAUUGGAGGCAUUAGUGGUGCGGACUUUAAGUGUUGGCAACAAGCGAGGGCAGCAGGACUAAAAGGAACCUAUCGAGCAUUCCUUUCAUCGCCUCUACAAGAUAUCAAAACCAUAGUUAGGAAACAGGAUCAAGGCCUACCCAUUGCUAAUGCCAAGCAAGAAGUUUUGUUUGAUUCAUGGAGUGAACUCUUUAAAGAUGAAGAAGGAGCUCCAUUCCAAGAUAGCUUCCACAUAUAUUCCUUUGAUGGUAAAGAUGUGAUGACAGAUGAUACAUGGCCUGACAAGUACAUCUGGCAUGGAUCCUAUGCCAACGGGGAAAGAAUGUCUGAGAGCUUCUGUGAAGCAUGGAGGGCAGAAAAUCAUUUUGCUCGUGGCCAAGCUAGUCUUUUAUCUGAUCAUAAACUAUUAGGACAAACUGAGUUCCAAUGUAAUAAUGCCUUUGCUGUUCUAUGUGUGCAGACUGCUCAGCUGAAUGCCAGGAAGUAAUAUACCAUUUUCUUUCCAGAAAAAAAGUUCUUUAAAAUAUAUCUAUUCUUUGAAUCUCUUUGAAUAAAGAUGCUUUGAGAUAUCAUGGAAUAUCCUGUAAGUGAAUCGGUGAUUGAUGAUGUAUUCAAGGAAGUGUAAUGAAGAUAUCAGCAGUUAAGACUGCCCUGUUUCUUUUACAGAGAUGUCCUAUAUUGUCCAAUUUAAUCAGUUUCCUUGUGCCAUUUGAGCAAAAUUCUUCACAGUCAAUCUUCUUCAGCUAGACAGCCUAUGGAGUGUAAAUAUAUGAAGAACAAAGUCUUUUACUCAAAGUAAUUUAAUAACAUGUUUUGAAAUCUCUUGAUUUCUCUUUGAUAUUCCUAUGUUAAAACUUUAUGAAUAUGGCCAUUUUUGUCUUUGACAGGAGGGAAUAUGUUGACCUUUUUACGAUAUGGAUGUAUGCAUAGGAAGAAUUUAGUGUGAAAUAAUGUAUAUUUCUUGGAGUUAAGCUCAAACCUGAUGUACUGUACUGGGCAAGUACUUGCUAGAGUAUAAAGUGUAAAUAAUUAUUUAUGUUGCAACAAAAAAAUAUUUUAUGACAAUGAGGAAGAUUUGUUAUAAAUAGGACAAGUGGUUAUAUCUUAGGAAAAUCAUCCAGAAAUUGAUGAUUUUUAAAAAUCCUUCCAAUUGGGCCUUAGAUUGUCUUCCAUGUCGGUUUGUAUGUGAUAUGAAGGUGGAUGCCGCUAGUACAAUGAAGUAUACAGUGCCAGUUUAUAAGUUGAAUAUUGAAAUCUAAUACACGUGUACUUCCUGAUUUAGUAUUCUUAAAGUCAUAUCAAUAUUAUUAGAUUACAAUACUUUAGUUGAUUAGAAAACAUUUGGAAAAGUAGAAAAGGAUUUUUUUCUCAGUGUGUGUUUGGCAAGGUUCAUAUACUAAAGGCAGCACAACCAAAAACAUUUUGAUAAGUAUGACAUUAUCUUGAUUGUUGAUACAGUCCUUUUACUGAGGUUUAUUAUCUAACACUUUCAUCUUGUCCGAGUUUAGAUUAUGCAAUUAUUAUUCUUUUCAAAAAAAUUCUUGAUUAUUUUUCAUUGUGUAUGGUCAUCAUUACUAGUUAAAAAAACUUACUAGAAUAAUGAAUUCAGACGGAAGUACAAAAUGGAACUAUUAUUUACCCGACAGGUUGGGGCAAGUAAUUCAUUUUUCUCCCUUAUUUGCUCAUACAGUAUUUAAUGUAUCUCGAGGGUUUCACUAACUUUUGAGCAUGUAUUCUAAACUUCAGACCAAAAUCCCUUGUCAUGGAUUUUUUAAAAGUCAGUUGAUAUUGUCCUCACUUUUUUUUUUACUCAUCAAAGAGAUGUGUGAUGAAGAAUUGUUCUGUAGUAAAGCAGUAUCCAGACUGGUCAGAGUAUACUCAGGGGGGAAACAGAAAUGAAAAGAUUUGAACUCAUCUAUGAAAUUGUCUUUCCUAGUAACAUUUAUGUAAAAUGUUUCCAAUUUCAAACUGUUUAUAUUUAUCUCUAUGAUGAUCAAUUGAAGAAAUCAAUAGUAUCUGUAGUAUUUUUGUACAGACUAGUUAGGCAUUAUUUUUCUUGUACAUGUACUAUUCUUAUAUCAGUGAAAAUGAGAUAUGGUUCUAAAUUAUGAUGUAUUUACUAAAAAUUUUAAUAACUUUUUACUAGUUACAUGAAAGAUCAUGUCAAAGCAAUUAGUAUUGAUUUUUUUUAAAGCAGGUUUCAUUCAUUUGAGCUUUUUAUAUGUACUAAUUUGCUUUAUUGUAGGAUUCAAGAUGAACUUGCUUUUUAGGAAAAUCUAUGGAUCUUAUUUUACCUCAGUAUGUGAAAUUUACACAUACCGUGCCAAAUCUAACUAAUUUUGGUGCUAAUUUCAUAUUGCAAAGAUAAAAAAAAAUUGCAUAGCUUGUCAAGAAUUAUAUAGUAAAGAGAAAGUGAAUACUACUUGCUUUUAAAGAUUGCCUCUGUAAAUAAUUUGACUAUUUUACACCAAUUCCCCUGUUUGAUUGUAGUUUGCUACUAUGUAGAUAUCUGGAUAUGAAAUGUUGCUGUAGGUAUUAAACACAAUUUUGAAAGUCAAAAGCUAAUCUGGUGCUAUAUUUAUAUUGAAAUUACAAAUAUUUGUGCUCAAACAUCUAUUCGUAGCUUUUGUUUCAUUUUGCCCCUUUUUAUCAAUUUUUUAUUCAUUCAUUUAUAAAAGUAGAUGUAGUUAUGGUAUGAGUAAUGUAAACUUACUUGCCUGCUUGCUGCCUUUUUGUACUAGUUGGUAGGCAAGUAGUCCAGCAAUUAAUGGAAAUACAAUCUUUCAAACUCAAAUGUGUAAGUCAAUUAUGAUUAUUUGUAAGUUGGUGGGGAAAACAUAAACAGAAGAAAUAUCAUUGCUUUGCCUCCUGUACAAGGACUGAAAUUACCCUUACUCUUUUCAAACCAGUUACAUGUUUUACCAUUGUCUUUAUUGACUCCUGUAUAUUUAUCUCAGGCACGAAAGAAAUAUGCUGCAUUUUAACACUCACUACUCAGUUGCAAUCUUGGUGAUUUUUCAAAGCUGAUUGUAAAACCUCCUUUAUUCCUUGACAUUUUUAUAUUUUUUUAGGCUAUUUGAAUACUGCGUUCAUAGAAAUAAGCCAAUAAAAUGUAUUAUUUUGGCACCAAAGCUUUGCCAUUGCUCUAAAAUUUAGUAUACUAGUAGAUCUUUGUGUUCUACCAUUCAGAAAUAAGUCUUAACAAUUUUGCUUUUGCUGCAUUAAGCAAUGAGGCUAUCAUUGGAAAAUGUAAAGGAGCUAUUUGAGAUUGACAGAUUUUCAUGAAUUAUUUUAUGCAAAGAUGUGGCAUGCUUUAUUCUUCCCCCCCCCCUUUGUUUACAACAUUUCUUUUCACCUCAUCUCGCGAAUAAAAUUGCUGGAUGCUAGGCUUUUAGUUUAUUAUUUUGUUAAAAGUAUUUUGUAUAAAUCAUGCUUGCCAGGUGCCUAGGCUUACUCUACGAUUUUGUUUUUUUAUACAACUCAUUAGUGCCAUUUAUGUUUGAAUGUAAAUGAGUUUUUUUUUAUUUGUUAUGUUUGUAUCUUAUUUAUGAAACAUUUAGGAAUUUUGUAGAUAUUUGUUUUAUCAAUAAUGUCAAGAUUUAAUUUGCAGAUGAUCUUUUGACCAUUUAUUCCUGUGGAGUCAGUAUGAUUUUCAGAUUACAUUUAAAUCAAGUAGAAGUCCCAAAAGAUGAUUAUUAUUUGUUUGGCGUCACCUGUG